GGCCCAAUGAGCCCAUUUUUUUUGUCUGUCACACAACAGUUAGCUUGUCAAAAAGGAAACCCUCGUACAUUUUAUUUUAUCGAAGCUUUUCAAGCUUUAUCGAUCAUCUCUGAAGACUCGAGCAUCUGUUGUCCUUCAAAUUUUCUGAAUCACAUAAGCAUUUGUCAAAUUCCCACUUUUCAGUUUAACUUUCACUGUUUGAUUCAAGGGUUUGGAUCAAUCGGUACUUGUAGGAUUUCAGCAUCUUUUAGUUAAUUAUCUAUGGCACCGGCGGAACCCAACAGCGGCGGCAGCGCCAGUGGCGGAGCCACCAGAGACCAGGCGCCGGUCAAGGUUCCCUCGAAAGACCCCAAGAAGAAAGAUGAUAAGAAGGACGAAGAUCUUUCGGAGGAGGACUUGGCCUUGAAGCAGCAACUGGAGUUGUACGUGGAGAGGGUACAAGACCCAGAUCCUGGGCUGCAGAAAGUUGCCCUGGAGAGCAUGAGGCAAGAAAUCCGUACUGCAACCAGUUCUAUGACUUCAGUUCCAAAGCCACUGAAGUUCUUACGUCCUCAUUAUGGGACUUUACAAGCUCAGUAUGAGAAAAUGGCAGAUACAGAUUUGAAGAAAUUGCUGGCGGAUAUACUUUCUGUUCUGGCUUUGACCAUGUCGCCGGAAGGAGAAAGGGAGAGCUUGAAGUACCGAUUACUUGGUUCUGAUGGUGACAUUGGUUCAUGGGGUCAUGAGUAUGUUAGUAUUCUUAAAGCUGGUCAUAAUAAAUGCAGGAAUUUGGCUGGAGAAAUUUCUCAGGAGUAUGUCAAACGACAGAGUGAAGAAGCCUCUAUUGAUGAACUAGUGAAGCUUGUGGUGCAAAUUGUUGCAUUCCAUAUGAAGCAUAAUGCUGAGCCUGAGGCGGUAGAUCUUCUUAUGGAGAUUGAAGACCUUGAUCUGUUAAUGGAGCAUGUGGAUCAUGCAAAUUACAAACGGACAUGCCUUUAUCUUACCAGUGCUGCAAAGUACCUUCCAGGACCAGACGACUCGCUAGUUUUAGAUAUUGCUUAUUCAAUAUAUAUGAAAUUCGAAGAAUAUCCAAGAGCACUUCAAAUAGCCUUGUAUCUUGGAAAUUCGCAGUAUGUAAAAGACCUUUUCAAAACUUGCCAUGAUCGUCUCACUAGGCAGCAGUUUGCCUUCAUUCUGGCUCGCCAUGGUGUUCCCUUUGAACUUGAUGAAAGCAUGAUCAAAGAAGAUGAAGAAAGGGAAGCCAUGCAAGAUCUCAUCAAUAAUAACAAGUUGAAUGAAGGGUAUCUUACACUUGCUCGUGAUAUUGAAGUCAUGGAGCCCAAAUCUCCCGAGGAUAUUUACAAGGUUUUGCACUCUGAGGCACAUCUACUUGAUGGGCGUGGUGGUGGUGGAGGAACCGUUGAUUCUGCCAGGCAGAAUUUGGCUGCGACAUUUGUCAAUGCAUUUGUAAAUGCUGGUUUUGGCCAGGAUAAGUUGAUGACUGUUCCAUCUGAAGCAUCCAGUGGUGGUGGUUCUACCACUAGCUGGCUCUUUAAGAACAAGGAACAUGGAAAGGCCAGUGCUGCAGCAAGUUUGGGCAUGAUUCUUCUUUGGGAUGUUGACUCUGGGCUUGCUCAACUGGACAAAUAUUUCCAUAGUACUGAUUCACAUGUCACAGCCGGUGCUUUACUAGGAGUUGGAAUUGUGAACUGCAAUGUCCAGAAUGAAUGUGAUCCUGCUCUAGCUCUUUUGGCAGAGUAUGUGGACAAAGAAGACACUUCAAUUAAAAUAGGUGCAAUAAUGGGCCUAGGUCUUGCAUAUGCGGGUUCUAAGGAUGCGCAAGUUAGCAAUUUAUUAAUGCCUCUACUUGGGGAUGGAAAGUCAUCUCUAGAUGUGAUUGCAUUUGCAGCAAUCUCUUUGGGUUUGGUAUACGUGGGUUCUUGUAAUGAAGAUGUUGCCCAAGCAAUCAUAUUUGCGUUGAUGGAUCGCAGUGAGACAGAAUUGACGGAUCCCUUAGCUCGUUUCUUGCCACUGGGUCUUGGUCUGCUUUAUCUCGGAAAGGAGGAAGCGGUGGAAGCUACUACUGAAGUUUCGAAGACAUUCAAUGAGAAAAUUAGAAAACAUUGCGACAUGACCCUGCUGUCUUGCGCAUAUGCAGGGAAGGGGAAUGUUCUAAAGGUCCAACAUUUCCUUGGUCAAUGUGCACAACAUCUCGAGAAGGGUGAAACUUAUCAGGGUCCUGCUGUUCUUGGAAUUGCUAUGGUAGCUAUGGCUGAGGAAUUGGGGCUUGAGAUGGCGAUUCGAUCAUUGGAGCAUCUUCUGCAGUAUGGUGAGCAGAACAUUAGGAGGGCUGUUCCCUUGGCCCUUGGUCUGCUUUGCAUAUCAAACCCCAAGGUCAAUGUCAUGGACACAUUAAGUAGGCUCAGUCAUGAUGCCGACUCAGAAGUAGCAAUGGCAGCCAUCAUUUCAUUGGGUUUGAUAGGUGCUGGCACCAACAAUGCUAGAAUAGCUGGAAUGCUUCGGAAUCUUUCGAGCUAUUAUUAUAAAGAUGCCAGCCUUCUAUUCUGUGUACGGAUUGCUCAAGGUCUUGUCCACCUGGGCAAAGGGUUGUUGACAUUAUCUCCAUAUCAUUCUGAACGUUUUCUGUUGUCCCCGACGUCGCUUGCUGGGCUUGUGAUUAUGCUGCAUGCGUGUCUGGAUAUAAAAGCUAUCAUCUUGGGCAAAUAUCAUUAUGUUCUAUAUUUCCUUACUCUUGCAAUGCAGCCAAGAAUGCUGAUGACUGUGGAUGAGAACCUAAAACCUCUUUCUGUACCUGUUCGUGUGGGUCAAGCUGUUGAUGUUGUUGGCCAGGCGGGUCGACCCAAGACCAUCACGGGCUUUCAGACCCACUCAACUCCUGUUCUUUUGGCUGCUGGUGAUAGAGCUGAGCUUGCAACUGAGAAAUAUAUUCCAUUGUCACCCAUUCUUGAGGGAUUUGUCAUAUUAAAAGAGAAUCCAGAAUACAAAGAAGAGAGUUGAGGUCAGUUGUUCAUGAUUAUGAUCCGACCCUUUUUUUAGAAAUCCCAACUUUUGCUUAUGCAAAAUAUAUUUCUGAGUCAAUAGCUUAACUGUAUCAGAACACCAGUUAGUGGCAAUCGACAAAUAUGAAAGUGGAUGGACCGGAUUUUGUAAUGCCAGCUUUGUGUAUGUUUCAUUUGUUUUAUCUCGCGAGGGAUGUCGUGUUGUGUACUGAUGGAAGAAGAUUUUAAUAUAUAUUUAUUCUUGGUUUUAUGUCUUUCUCGAACUGCUUGAUUUGCAUCGUCAUUGAAAUAAUGGAUGUACCGAAGCUCUAAAGUGUGCGGUUGCAGAAAUACGAAAUUUUGUUGGUCGGUUCUUGCACCGGUGUCCAAUUAAAAGACCUGAAGAUGAUAUUUUUGGCAACU